AUGAGAAUCGUUGCUGCUGGAGACUGUCUUUUUUCGAGUAGGAAUCUUGCCGAGAGGUUGGAUCCAAAAAUUGUUUCUGAGUUUAAAAAUGCAGAUGCCGCAGCUGCAAAUGCUGAAUUCACAUGUCCAAAUCUUGAAAAUACUGCCCCGGCUGCCGGCAGGGGCUACAUCACCUCUGUUAGAGAGGACACGCUAGAUGAGUUUAAUGAUCUCAAUAUUAAGCUUGUGAAUUUUGCUAAUAACCAUACCGGUGACUUUGGUAUUGGUGGUAUGACAAACACCAUAGACGCUUCCAGAAAGAGAGGUCUUAUUCCAACAGGUGUUGGUCGUUCUCUGGAUGAGGCACGUCUUCCAAGGUUUGUGGACACUCCAAAUGGAAGAUUUGGUAUUGUUUCUGCCGCUGCCACUCGUUCGGAAAGAUUUGUGGCUUCAAAUGCCGGAGGCGAAGUUAUUGCACGUCCAGGUUUGGCUCCUUUGAGAUGGAACAGAUCAUAUGUGUUGCCUGAAAACUUAUUCAAGGAUCUUCAAAAAAUAGACGAGGCUUUGGGUACUGCAGAAGCCUUCAGAGUUUGCAACGAAGUUGAGGUCAAGAGCCCAUUCACAGACAAAGAGUUCAAGUUUGGUUCUAUGUUCGAAGGAAGUUUGGACAUUAAGAAGGGUGAAACGGCCCAUGUUGAGACUACAUAUAAUAAAAAUGAUGCACGCGAGUUGCUAAAAAGUGUGCGAGAUGCUUCUUAUAGAUCUGACUUCAACAUAGUUAGUAUCCAUACUCACGAGGGUUUGAACAACAACUGGUACAGUCUAAUUCCGGCUGAAUUUAUUCAGAAGUUUGCAAGGGAGGCUAUUGAUAACGGUGCAGAUGCUUUUGUUGGUCAUGGUGCUCACUUUAUGAGAGGUGUUGAGAUUUACAAGGGUAAGCCAAUAUUCUACAACCUUGGUUCGCUUUUAAUGGAAUUCGAGACCGGUAGUUCCAUCAUUUCUCCUGAAAUGUACACCACUUAUGGUCUACCAACAGACUCGAGACCUUCAGACUUACAUAGAAUGAGAGCUAAUGACCCUACUACUGGUGAAUUCAGAGGUUUCAAUGGUGAUCCAAUGUUCUCAAGAAAUGCUAUUGCCAUCUUUGACACGGACGGAGGUAAGUUGAGCUUCAAGUUACUUCCACUAGAUCUUGAUAUGAGACGUGUGCCAAGAAUGGAGAGAGGUGUUCCUUAUAUUGUGACACCAAAAGUUGGACAUGAGAUUGCCGAAUUUUUAACAAGGGCCAGUGCUCAGUGGCAUACCGUUCUCACAUACAAUGAAAGGACAGGUUACAUUGACAUCACGACUUCUCAGUAA